AUGACAACGUGGAUUGCGGCGACCAUGAUUCAGGCCAGAUGGCGCUGUUACCACGUGAAGCGCAAGAAGUUGGACAAGGCCACCACCACCAUCCAGAGAAUCAUCCGCGCCUUCCUGGUGCGUCGUAUGCUGCUAAAGCGACGGAAAGCGAUCGUCAUCCAGCGACACGCCAGAGGAGUGGUAACGCGCAAUCGGCUUCGUGCGAAACAUCGGGCGGCAGCGCGUAGCUCAGAACCUAUAUGCGCAGCAACCAGAGCCCAGCAAAAGCAUGCGAGAAUUUGGCCUCGGCUCCUCGGCUGA